AGAAGAACAAGAAAACAUGGUCAAAAAUGGCUCCAAAAUGCCAACUUUUUGCCUCACAAAAAUCAGGCCACACGUUAGAGUACGUUCGCCGACUAUACAACUGAAAGAGAAUGCAGAUUCUUCCAUUAAAACCGACGAUCACAAAACCGAAGAUUCCGUCAGUCAUUCCAAUGAACAAGAGAGUAAAUCUGAAGAUGUUGAUACAGCUGAGAAACCUGUAAACACUGUUGGUAGGAAAGUGAUGAUCGUUGUUGAUUCAAGCAUCGAAGCUAGAAACGCCCUACAAUGGGCCUUAACGCAUACGGUUCAGAGCCAUGACAUUGUAGUUCUUCUACACGUCAAGAAGAUUACUUCCAAACAAGGAAACGAAUUGCCUAACGAGAAACCUGUGAAAGUUCCAGGUUUUCUUUGCUCUAUGAAAAACUCAUGUCAGCUGAAACGUUCAGACGUAGAAGUUGAGAUAUCGAUGGUGGAAGGCAAAGAGAAAGGCAGAACCAUCGUGGAGGAAGCGAAACGACAAGAGGUGACAAUGUUGGUUCUAGGGCAAAAGAAGCAGCUAUUUUCAUGGCGACUGUUGUUGACAUGGGCAGGUAGACCAGUCGGUGGCGGUGGGAUGGUGGAUUACUGUGUUCAAAAUGCUACAUGUAUGGCGGUGGCUGUACGGCGUAAGAGUAAAAGAGUUGGUGGUUAUCUCAUUACAACCAAACGGCAAAAGGAUUUUUGGCUCUUGGCUUGAUUAAUAAUAAACCCUAAAAUCGAAAUUCAUGGUAUAUUGUGUUGUUUUGAUUGUAUUUAAGUUAAUAUGACGUGUACAUUUUUUAACUCGUAAAUGGGGUGAAUGGUGUUUUUAGUCUA